UGCUUUUUUGUUAAGGGGAAGAAGGCAGCAGAUAAAAGCAGCUUUCACUGCCUAAGGAGCCUUGCUGCCACCCCUUUGCUGCGCUGUACUAGGCGGCCUUGAUCUGCGGCUCCACCUGGCAACCUUGGGUAGCUAGCGGCCGAGUCUGCGCCCGUCCUCUUCCUCUGUAGGGCUGCAGCGACCAGAAGGAGCAAUCCAUAGCUGUCGACGCCAGAGCAUCCACUGCCCACCAGCCUAGUUUUGAUGCCCUGAGUACCCGGAUCUGCGUGCGACCCUCUGUGGACCCAGUCCGACGAUAGCACUGAGACAAGCUUUCUCACUGAGGGCACCGGUUGCAGAGGCUGGAAAUAAAAUAAAGUCUCUACUGAAAUAGGAAGAAGGUUGAGCCUGCUGCACACCUGUUGAUUACGCUUUUCCCCCCUAAAAAACCUGAGCAUCUUCCUGUUUUCAGAUAUCCUAUCGUUCUCAGGCAUGGCUAGCAUCCUUGCCUGUGUGAGUAAUAGCCGGAGGCAAAACACAUCCUUGCCACCUUGGGCCCAUUCCAUGCUGAGGUCCCUGGGGAGGAGUCUUGGUCCUUUGAUGGCAAACAUAGUAGAGAGAAACAUGAAACUCUUCUCUGGGAGGGCAGUGCCAGCCUAUGGGGAAGAAACCUUUGAAAACUGGCUGAUCCAAGUCAAUGGGGUCCUGCCAGAUUGGAAUAUGUCUGAGGAGGAGAAGCUUAAACGGUUGAUGAAAACUCUUAGGGGCCCUGCCCGGGAGGUCAUGCGUUUGCUGCAGGCUGCCAACCCCAACCUAAGUGUGGCAGAUUUUUUACGGGCAAUGAAACUGGUGUUUGGGGAGUCUGAGAGCCGUGUGACUGCGCAUGGUAAAUUUUUUAACACCCUGCAGGCACAAGGGGAGAAAGCUUCCCUUUAUGUGAUCCGCUUAGAGGUGCAGCUCCAGAAUGCUAUUCAGGCAGGCGUCCUAGCUGAGAAAGAUGCAAACCAGACUCGCCUGCACCAGCUCCUGGUAGGGGCUGAACUAAAUAGAGACCUGCACUUCAGGCUUAAGCAUCUUCUGAGAAUAUAUGCAAAUGAGCAGGAGAGGCUUCCCAAUUUCCUGGAAUUAAUCAGGAUGAUAAGGGAGGAAGAGGAUUGGGAUGACACUUUUAUUAAGCGGAAGCGCCCCAAAAGAUCUGAAUCCAUAAUGGAGAGAGCAACCAGCCCUGUGGAAUUUCAGAGCUCCCUGCCAAUGGCUACUGACAGUGUGGACUGCAACGUGAUAGAGAUAGAUGAUACCCUUGAUGACUCAGACGAGGAUGUGAUCCUGGUGGAGCCUGAGGACCCUCCACUGUCAUUCUCUGAUGCCUUACCACUGAGAGACAGGGCCAGAUCUCAGGAUCAAGUGCUAGUCAUUGAUUCUCCCAACAGUGCCGAGGGUCAGUUUCUUUCUGCCAGUGGUGAUUUUGGGUAUAAGAAUAAUGGUUCGGGGGAUAUGUGUAGAGGCAAGAAACGAAAACAUCCAAUGUACUGUUCUUAUUGUGGGGAGGAGGGCCACUCAAAAGAAACCUGUGACAACGAGAGCAACAAAGCCCAGGUUUUUGAGAAUCUCAUCAUCACUCUGCAGGAGCUGACACAUACAGAGGAGGAAGAGGAGGGGUCAAGAGAGGCCCCUUAUGCAUUGAAUGACCCCUUUGAGCUACAGUAAGGUGCUAGCCCCCAGCCUUCAAUGAACCCCCUUACUUAUACCCAGAGUUCAAUGAUGAUAAAACUGGGGAAAGGGGACUUUUAAUUGCAUGAAUUAAUCUGCAAAACAGCUUUCUUUGGGGGUGGAGGGAUCAAAGAAGGGAUCUGGCAUUCCAGUAUGGUGGAAGGGGAAGGAUGGACCUCUGUCUUUUGUCUCAACACUGCUGAAGAGUCUAUUUUCUGUGUGUGCCCAUUUCUUCAGUGGCUUUAUUCUCUUUGUGAAAGUGUUAUAUAAUGCAUUGUUAAAUCUUCAAAUAAUACAGAAAAUAUGAAAAGUAAAGUACAAGUUACUCAAAACUUUCUACCCUUAUAUAACCAUUGUCAGCCCUUUGGUGAAUGUUCCAGAGUUUUCCCUAAAUCUGUGUGCCAGAUAGAUAUAUGUACAGAUAAAAAAGAUCAAUAUAAGUGAUGUUGUAUAUGCUGUAUUUUUUCACUAAACAAAAAAUGUUGUGAGCUUCUAUGUCAAUAAAUAUAUAUCUAUAUAUCAACAUCUAA